AUGGCCUUCAAACCAACUACCACCAUCAAAUCCAUGGCUGUAGCCAUAUUCACAAUUACAGUCAUGGCUGCAUUCACAUGUGCAUCGACUGGUUUAGCUCAAUCUCCUGAACUGACCGACCGCUACCUUAACCAAUGUAUUGCGAAGAUAUCUUCAAGGUGUGCAAUGUAUGUCACAGCCGAAAUGUAUCACCAUGGUCCGCUGAAACAGAGCGGAUGCUGUUAGCUAGAAAUUUAUCACAUGGGACAAAUUUGUCUUAACAUUGUGACAAGGCAUGUGAUUGAAUCCCUUGUACCCAAACUUGAAGUUGUUCAGAAACAAGAACUUAUUGAGAAAGCCACGCGGAUACGUAUCUUUUUGUCCCGUUACAUUGAUGUUGGGACCGGAGAAGUUCUGCUUUUCCGAACUGCUGCUUCUUUUUUACAGCUUGAACGUUGA